GGGUACCUGGGUUGUAAGGUUAAUGACGUAAGAAGAUAUUGGGUUCAUAUGUGGAAAAAUUGCAUCACAGUGACUGACGAAAAGAGCUGUUUUCUUCAGAUAUUGAAUUUCGCUCAACUGGUUCUUAAGGUGUGGUUUUGACUCAACACGGUGAAAAUCUUCAAGCAGCCAUUCUGUUUCACAUCUGAAGGGAAUAAAAUCACUGACAGAGAGAAAGGCUGUGAACGCUUGAGCAGAUUGUGGAAAAAUAUUAUCACUGAUGAAGAUCAGAUACGUAUUAUCAUAUUUGGAGAAGCUACUUUGAUCUUAGUUUUAUUCCUUGGUACAAAUAAUCCCACAGCGGAUCACAUUUUUCAUGUUUCUGCAUCAGCAUACUGUCUCUCUUUAUUGAGAGUGGUAUGAUUCCCUUGCCACUGCAGAAAUAUUGAAGAAAAAGAAGGAAUGUUAUUGAAGCGGACACAUACAUAAUGUACUAGUAGAUGUGCAGUUGGUGAAGCCAGAGAAUCGGAUCCUCUUUGAUCAUAUAAAUGGGACAAUGGAUCAUGCUGAAGUGAGAGAACUGACUGGUACCUGACCACAAAACCAUGAUCCUUAUGACCUCCAAUUACCCUCUACCUAAACAACAUUGAAGCUUAUGGCUUAGGAGUCCAGAACCAUGCUGCUUUUUCCUCUCUUUACUUUGCUUUGGUUUUGCCUUGCUGCGGGCAGUGCUGAAGUGACAACGGCUGGAAGCACCACCAUCAAAGACAGUAGUACAGCACCACCUAGCAAUAACAGUGACAGUUACAGUAACAAUAACAAAGAGACCAUUGAGGAUAAUGACACCAUACAGAGAGGAACCAUCAAUGGUACCUUGAGUACCGUUAGCACAAAGCACCCUAGUACAACCACAAGCCGACCCCAACCAUCGCCCAGUGACAGCUCUGGCGUUGAUGUGAUUGAUCUCGGCCUUCUGCAUGGUACCAAUGAUCCUCAUUUUAUUGAUAUAGGUGACAGUAACGACAGCAGCCAUCAUGGGAACCAUUCUGUGCACUCCACGGAUCACCCCACACAUUCCCACGAGGGAAUUCACGUCGCCAGUUGGAACUUUGACUAUGUGAAAGCGCCUUUGGUCAUAACUCUUUUCAUUACUGUUGCAGGUUUUUGUAAAUUAGGAUUCCAUCAUGCUGAUUUCCUAUCAUCUAUAGUGCCUGAGUCUUGUCUGCUAAUUGUACUGGGGACCCUUGUGGGCGUGAUUUUAUAUUUUGCCAGGGAUGACAGCGUGUUUCCCACUCGCCUUCCACCUGAUGUCUUUUUCCUGUUCCUUCUGCCACCCAUUAUUCUGGAGUCGGCCUAUAGUCUUCAUGACCGUGUGUUCUUCCAGAAUGUUGGUACAGUGAUUCUAUAUGCUGUGGUGGGGACAGUACUCAACUGUUUCCUACUUGGUCCCACUAUCUAUGGGCUAUCCUUGGUUGGGGCACUGGGAGAGAUUGAUAUAUCCUUCACAGAGUGCCUCCUCUUCAGUUCUCUCAUAGUGGCUGUCGACCCUGUCGCUGUUCUAGCCAUUUUUGCAGAGAUUGGUGUGAACAACGUGUUGUAUAUAUUGGUAUUUGGGGAGUCGUUACUGAAUGAUGCAGUGACAGUGGUUCUUUACAACACAAUGAAGAGCUUUCUAGGAAUUCACGAGGCAGAUGUAGGACAGAUCUUCCUGGCAGUUGCAGCGUUCUUUACUGUAAGUUUAGGAGGUCUUGCCAUUGGAGUCGUGCUUGGAAUUUUAACAGCCUUUGGAACCAAGUUUACAGAGCAUGUGCGGGUUAUGGAACCAAUGACAGUCUUCACACUGGCAUACUUGUCCUAUCUGACUGCUGAGUUGUUUCAUUUCUCAGGGAUUAUAAGCAUCAUAGGCUGCGGUCUUGUACAAGCUCAGUAUGCAUUCCAGAACAUAUCCCACAAGUCUUACACCACUGUGAAAUACUUCAGUAAAGUCUUGAGCACGACAAGUGACUGUGUCAUCUUCAUGCUACUGGGGAUCACCCUGGUGAUGUCUAACCACUACUGGCACACGGGGUUUACACUCUGGGUCAUAGUCCUCUGCCUGAUAUUCAGGUUUAUUGUGGUAUACUUUCUGAGCUUUAUUGCCAACCGUUGCAACAGACUCCGUGUCAUAACUCUGGAGGAACAAUUUAUAAUGGCUUAUGGGGGACUGAGAGGAGCCGUCUGCUUUUCUCUGGUGGCCAUGUUGGAAGAAAGUAGUCUGCCACAAACUAGGAACAUGUUUGUAACUGCUACCUUGGCUGUGAUUAUUUUCACAGUUGUAAUACAGGGCAUUACUAUCAAGCCACUUGUCAAUCUCCUACGAAUAACAAGACAAAGUGAUGAGGCAAAGACUCUUCAUGAAGAAAUAAGUAUACAUGUCACAGACCAUGUUUUGGCUGGUAUUGAGGAAAUAGUUGGAACUCACGGAGAAAACUGGUUGAGGGAAAAAAUCAACUACAUAGACAACAAAUACUUCAAGCACUGGCUACAGAGGGUUCCUCACACCAGUGAUGAACAGAUCAUGGAACUUUACCAGAAAAUUGCUUUAAAACAGCACUUUGAAAGUAUUGAAGGAACAGUAGCAGCAAGAAUGGCUGUGGAAGAGGAACUGCAGAAACUAGAGGAGGUUUUGGAGAAUGACGACGACCUGGAUGAAGACUUCAAGGAGAAGAUUGAAAACGAGAUCAUAGAACUGAGGAGAGCCUCCAUGAUGCCUGGCAGUGUGGACAUGUCCUGCUUUAGAAGGAGGAGUACAUUGCAUCCCCCGUUUGAUGACCAUUUGUCAAGUGACAGUGAAGAAGACUUAGAGACAAUGGUGGAAACGCCUGACCUAGUGGCUAACCACCUGGACAGAGAAAAAUUUGGGCAUGAUUAUCCUGAUUAUGAUUAUCCUAGGCGAUCUAGCAUGCCAACCAGCAAGAGACCCCCACUCAGCCCUCUCCUCUCACAAAUGAGACGCCGCUUCAGCACUGCUCUGACUGGAAGGCGUGGGAGCAAUGCUGCAGUCCCCACGACGCCACUGGGGCCAUUACCAACAGCAGAACCCCCACCACCGCCCCCUACAGUCCAAGACUUGCAUAAGAUUUUUAUGAAAAAUCCUGCUCAGAAAAUCCACCAAAAAAGCAACAAAAACAUGGUUCGUGUAGAAAGCUCCGAUUUACUCCACCAACUGCACAGCAAACAGCAAAGAGUUCAGCGCUGUAAUCGAAGCAUGAGCCUGGCUUUCGGAGGUGGCCUUGUCUCACCAACCAGUGCUGACAACUCACCCAGAGACUCCCCAGCAACGCAGCACAGAAAGGCCAUUGAAGCCAUAAGGGGGCGUUACCGUGCUCGAUCGGGUACGAUGGGGAAUAUAGACUUGCCAAAUGGAGGAUUUAGGCGACCUUCCAAUGACACCUUGAACAUGGAUUCCCAUGAAACUGGUACUCGCCAUCGUUCCAGCACUGUUCCAGAGAAGGAGCUCAGGAAUGGUUUUUCACCAAGGAGGGGAGGAAGCCAACAUACAGCACGUCUUGCCAUACCCAGUACUCUUCAGGAAGUGGAGGACGAGGAAGGGAGCAAUUCAGUGGGUUCAAAAGAAGACUUGCAUGUUAGAUUUGCUGGAGAAAGGUCGCGCUCAAGGUCAUCUUCACUGGACAUUGAUGACCGGCGAUCUAGGUCUAGGUCACGUUCUCUUGAUCAGAACGGUUUUGCUGCAGGAGCAAAGGAAUUUGAGACUAUUGACAUAGAAAAGACUGAUCCAAAAGUAGAUGAAAAGGAAAAAAGUAAAAAAGCUACUAUUUUCUUUAUAGAUGAUGAAAAACAGAAUGAUAAAGAUGAUGCUGGUAAUGCUGAUGAAGAUGAAGACACAAGACUGUGAUAAUCUUAUUUCUUUGGAAUUGUUAUUUUCCAAGCUAUUAUUAAAGAAUUGUUUGCCAUGAUUUAAGGACAAAAAAUAUUUUUCCCCUGUUUUUGUAUUUUUUUUUUUAUUUUAAUUGUAUUUAUGUAUUUUAAGUGUUUGUUUCUUUAGGUGGAUAUAUCGUAAGAUAUGAAAAAGUUUGAUACUAUACAAGCAAAAAUGCUCUCCAACUGAUCAAAUUAGAAGUUGGGUUGAAUUCUUCAUUGUGUGGUUUUUUCUCCUUUACCAAUGAAUGUCUUAUGAAUUCCAAGUGAACAGUCCAAAAAUCUUGUCCUUAUUCAUGUAAUAUAAGAUUUUCUGUUAUAACAUGUGACAAGUGGAUGCAGGCUUCAAAACUCAAAAUGAGCAUUUAGUUGAGGUGUGUGUUAGUGUGAUGGAAAAAUGGUGCAUAAUAAAAAGACUGAAAUCCAGAUGGGCUACAAAAUUGUGAUUGGCAAAAUGUGCAUAAUAGAAAUACAGGAAUGGGAUUAUUAUGCUGCUUAGUCCUACAUUUUUGUUUAAUAUUCAACUUUUGCCAACCAUCAUAUGAUGCACACAAUUGUUAUUGUUUGAAUUGUUACUGCUCUUUAUAAAUGAUAUUCGGAUAGAAGGUUAAGGGGGAAAUAUCUUAUCAUAUCAAAACAAGUAUAAGGGUUGAUUAGCCUUAUGUUAGUGAAAUAUGCCAUAUUCAGAAGAUUCAAGUGUAAUUAUUGAUUAGUUAUUUCAAAUGUUGAAAUUUAAGAUUAUGAUAAGACUCAAAAAAAUUCACUCUUGAAGUGUGGUUACUUACACUGUUUCAAAUUAAUGAAAAAAGUGAGGCUUUUAUUGGGCAUCAUUGGUAUCAAAAAUGCAUAUACUGUUUUUUUAUCAUUUUCUCAAUUUUUUCUACAUUAUUUACUAUUCCAUAGUAAGUUUCAUGCUAAAAAUGUCCAACACUUGUGUAUUAAUUUUUUGUGCUUUUGCAUCUAUACAGUAUUAUGUUCUUGUUAUUUCUUUGUAAUAUGUAUUUUCAGAAUUCAAGAGCAAAAAAGAAUCACCUUGAGUGUCCUGAGUCUGUGUUAACUCUCCACCAUUAUUAGCGUGCUUUUGCCAUUUCCAGCAUACAUGUAAUGCAUCAGAAACACAAGAAGCAUGCUGAUAAUCGUGGAGAGUCCUUAGAGACCUAUGAAACCAAGAGUGGGACAAAUAUAUUAGAUAUUAUUUAUUCUGCAUUUAGUUGUUAUUAAAUUAUCAAAUUUCUUAUGAAUAGCUAUAUAACUAUAGUUCACAGCUACAACGGAAAUGUGAUAUUUUAACUAAUUUAUUGAUGAAACAAAUUUAAACUAAUUAUACUCCCCCACUUUAGACAAAGGCCAUACCUCCCCCCUCCCCCAAACAGAACGAAAAAAGGGAAAAUGAAAGCACUUGCCUCAAGUUGUUGACUGCUCUUCAUUUCAGUGACACACACUGUACACUAUUACAUUGACAGGUAAACCAAUAUGGUGUUUCUGCCCCCCGAAAUAUCUCUCUACUGAUAUGUAUGUUGGAAGCUGCUGCACUAGAUUAUGUAUAAUAUGUACACCUCUUCUUAUUCUAACUUCACGUGCAUGUAUCUGUCAAACUGGUGGAUCUAGGAAUUUAAGAAGGAUGAAUGAAAUGUACGCAAAUUUAGGCAUUUUUGGUGUGUCAGUUGGCCUCAGUGUGUAUUUUUACUCUUAUUUUGAGAAGAGGCAAAUGAGUUUGGGAGUAUUCCCCAAAACGAAAGUGAGCAUCCUGGAUCUGCCCCUGUAUCACGUACUUACUCUGAAUCUGUAACUGUUCACGUAUCACCUUUUGUAUAACAUAAUAUAUUUGCAUAUAUAAUGCUAUGCAUAAAUAA